AUGAGCAAUCCGAACAAUCAACAACAGCCUCAGGGUCUCGGACAAGGCCAGGGUCUGAUUUCAGGGGGUCAAGGGCAGAGCCAGGGCCACGGACAAUCCCAGGGCCAAGCUCCCUCUGCUGUAAGAACUGGAACGAUCAACCCAGGAGCCUCCAGAAGUCCUCCUGCUGGAACUGUGUCGAUGAAUCAGACAGGACAAGCCAACGCUGGUACCAAUGGAGCACCGCUGCUGGUGACAGGCCAAGGACUGCCUCCUUUGAACGCUUCUGCUGGGAUAAAUGGAGCUGCUCCUAGCGGCACAGGUACCAGUACAGGGGCACCUUCCGCUGGAGGCGCCAGUCGCCCCCCUCAACCUCAAUUUUCCCAGGCGGACUUGAAUCGUAUUGUUUUGGAAUACCUCAAUAAGAAGGGAUACCACAGAACUGAAUCGAUGCUUCGUUUGGAGUCGUCCAACACCCCUACGCCUGCCGUUCCACCUGUGAAUCCCUCCAAUUCACCAUACCCAAGUCCUAUAGAGAUCUCUCGUAGAGAAAGAGAGCUCAGGGAUAAAGUAACACGUAAUGAACGUGAAUUGAGAGAUUUCAGAGAAAAGCAGCUCAAGAUCGAAAGAGAACUUCGUGAUUCCAAGGACCGGGAGUUCAAGUUGGCCAAGGAAAAGGAAUUACGUGAUUUACGUGAAAUGGAAGAAAAGAGAAAAAGAGAGAGCAACCCAGAUUUGUACAUAAGGGCUUACUCUAUGCUUAAGAAGUGGGUUGAUACCUCUUUGGAUUUGUACAAGCCAGAAUUGAGCAGAAUAUUGUACCCUAUAUUCAUCCAUUGUUAUUUGGAGCUUAUUUCUAAGAACUUUGUAGCAGAAGCGAAAACCUUUCUUGACCAAUUCAAAGAUGACCACAUGAUGCUGCUUCAUGGGUUGGAAAUAAACAAAUUGGCAGGUAUUUCCUUACCUGAACAUAUCAAGGAAAAUCCGUUGGCGCAGGCUUACAGGACUCACAAGUAUAAGAUCAUUGUUUCCAAGACGACGAUCAAUCUUCUACUUUUCUUCUUACAUGAGAAUGAAACCGUUGGAGGGACGGUCAUAAUUAGGAUUAUCAAUCAGUACUUGAAUCCAAUCAUCUCCACUAUAACCAAACCUGAUAAAUUAAACUUGGAAGGUGACUCUAAUCCAGAAGAAGGGAUUCCCGGUUUCACAACCAAUAAUAUUAACGAGUUGGAUAAGUUCAAUGAGCUGACCACUGUGAAAUUAGGGAAAUUACCAAUGGACCCAGAAAUCCGUAAGGAAAUCGAAGCAGAGUUAAAAAUUAAGGAUGAAAAGAUCGAAACCCAAGAAGGAGGAAAGACCUUAGUCGAAGAAUUUACUGAAAUGAAUGAAACAGAUCAGGAUGCCCCGGCUCGAGAACUGUUACCUUUACCACCUAAAGAUGCUAGCGAUAUAAAAAGAACUAUACUCUCCGUGGAGGAUGCUAGAAACAUGAUAAAAUUGGGAGGCAAUGAUGGUCUCCAACCUUCUGCACCAUCUGUGUGUAUGUACACAUUCCACAAUACAAAUAACGAUAUGACAUGUAUCGAUUUUAACGAAGAUUCUAACAUGGUGGUGGCUGGAUUUCAAGAUUCUUUUAUAAAGUUAUGGCUGCUUGAUGGAAAGCCAUUGAAGUCCAUUUUCAAGAGAGAUCCAGCUAAUAAUAACAAUUCAAGGAAACUUAUCGGUCACAGUGGACCUGUGUAUGGAGUCAGCUUCAGCCCUGAUAAUAAGUAUUUAAUUUCUGGAUCUGAGGAUAAAACAGUGCGGUUAUGGUCUCUUGAUUCAUAUACCUCAUUGGUGUCUUACAAGGGACACAAUCAACCUGUGUGGGAUGUAAAAUUCUCACCUAUGGGACAUUACUUUGCCACAGCUUCUCACGAUCAAACGGCAAGAUUGUGGGCAACGGAUCAUAUUUACCCAUUAAGAAUAUUUGCAGGGCAUAUAAACGAUGUUGAUUGUGUUGAAUUCCAUCCAAAUUCCUCGUAUGUAUUCACAGGUUCUUCUGAUAAGACGUGUAGAAUGUGGGAUGUUCAAACAGGUAAUUCAGUCAGAAUUUUAAUGGGACAUACUGGACCAAUAAACUGUAUGGCAGUUUCACCCGAUGGACGGUGGUUAGCAAGUGCAGGAGAAGACAGUGUAGUGAACGUGUGGGAUAUUGGAAGUGGUAGGAAAUUGAAAUCAAUGAGGGGACAUGGUAGAUCUUCUAUUUACUCCUUAGCAUUCUCAAGAGAUGGUGGUGUUUUAGUUAGUAGUGGUGCCGACAAUACUGUAAGAGUGUGGGACAUUAAGAAGAAUACCAACGAUGCUGGCCCCGAACCGGAACCAUUUAACUACAAAGAACAGGAAAAUGAGAAGGCCCAAGGUGCAAAUGGUACAGUGGGGACAAACGGGACAUCCACUAAAGCUGAAGGUAAUUCUGCAUUGACAGUUAAUGGAAAUAAUGCAUCUGCCUCAGCUGCUACUGCAGCAGCAGCUACCAAGCCAAAACCAAAUGAUAAAUCCAACCGUAAGGAGAUAUUAGCUACCAGUGACCAUAUGACGGCCUAUUUCACUAAGAAGACUCCUGUUUUUAAAGUUCAUUUUACAAGAAGAAACCUAUGCUAUGCAGGUGGUACUUUGUUAGGUUAG